UUUUCAAAAAUUUAAAACUGGCUAAACUCCCGCCCUUGAAAACGAACACAUCAAAACACAAUAUCUCGCUCACCCUCUCUCUCGCUCACAGCAAUGGCGGCGUCUGCGGAGGAAUCUUCUGCUCUAAUCUCCAAACUCGAAUCUCCAUCCAUUUCCACACCAAUCUAUUCUCAGUUCUCGAACUACCUUCUCCCAUUCACCGAUCUCUCCAAAAAGCCACUAAAUAAAAACCAAACCCUAACCCUAACCCGAUCUCUUGCCAAGCAGUUCCUUCCAUUCGUAAACCGCUGCCUUUCCAUUCUACCCAAACGCCUCUCCGAUCUCCUCAACUCACCCUCCUUCAAGCAAGACGAUGGCGGAAUCCCCGAACUUGUCACCGAAUUGUUCGAUGCUUACCGGCUCUGUUUGGAUUGCUUGGAAUCGGUGGCUUCGCAGCUGGCCGGUAAGCCCUACGCGGUGUAUAGGCAGAGGUUGAGGCUGGCAUGUUGCUUGGAUGCUUGGGGAUUGUACAGGGAGGGUGAGAAUGAAGGGUUUCGGGUUCUGGAGAGGCUUAGGGGUUUGGAUUCGGGACCGAAGUCGAAAAAUAAUAGGAAGAAGAAAUUAGGGGAGUAUUUGCCUGUUUUGCUUGAGGAUGGGGAUUUGGAUUUUGCGAAGAUGGUUGUGGAGGUUGCGAUGGCUAUUUUGAAGUGCGUGGCGUUAGGGCAGAGUAAGAAUGAUGAGGAUUAUAAAAGGGUUAUUGGAAUGGUACAUGAGGUUAAACCCUGGUUCAGCGUGUUAGAUGCCAAUUCACAUGAGAAGUUACAUAGGAUGCUCGUGACCUACCUGCGGAAGUGCACCCAGUUUCUCGCAGGGGAGCUAAUGAUUUUUGAUGGAGGUACCGUGUGCGCUUUCUGUACAGAAACUUUAAAUGAGUAUUCAGAGUCGUCUAUGAAGGAUCAAAUUUACAAGUUUGCUCGUCAUAUCUGCUCUGUUUUCUUCCUUCAAGUUGAUAGAUAUUCAGUCAAAUUUGACAUACUGAUGUGUGUUUUGGACUCACUUGCCCAAAAAUGCAAGGUUGAAGUGGAAAUUUGGGGAACAGAAUUAGUUGAACUUGUCGCUUAUUGUGCAAGUAAAUGUCAUGCUGCAACCACAAUUUCUUGUAAUACUUUUGCAGAAUUCCUAAAUGACUUAGCUGGUGUUUUCUGUCAGGUUAUGACACCAUUGGAAAUGAUAAUCAGACUUUAUGCCAUUGGAUUGUCCUUCAUUGAUCAUAAUGCUAAGUCCAUGAUUGGUGAUGUUAUGCCAUCCAAAGGUGCAAAAGAUGAGCAUGCAGUUGGUAUUCUUGAAGGAGUUACACUUCGCAAUUUAGCACCCGUACUUGGUUCCUUACGGAGCUACUUUUAUGAUAAUUGCAAAGAGAACUGUGUGUCAUGUGGGAUUGACUACCAAGAUCUUGCUUCUGAUAUACAUUUAGAUUUUCACCAUGGAACCUCAAUAAAUUGCACACAAAAAAGUAGAGAGGUUUAUCUACUGGCUUACUUAAAUGUGCUGAAGUUCCUCUGUAAGCCGCUUUCUGAACGCGUGAUCUCUCAGAACAAGCAGAUAAUUUUCGAAAGCGAUGUUGCUUCUCUUUCUAUGAUGCUGUGCAGUAUCCAAGAAGCAUUUCAUCAGUUCAGUGACAUUGUUUUAUAUUUUCACAGAAACAAAUCUAAGAGGGAGGCAGCUGGUUUUGAUGAGAACAAGAUGAUUCUCACUGUAUCUGUUGCUACUUUCAUUCUAUCCAGCAGAACAAAACACAAGUUGCAGAAGAGUGUUCAUCUCAUUAAGCAGAUCAUUGCUAGCGAAUGGAUCCAACCUCAGGGGUUGAAAUAUAUAUCUGCUUCCCUAUACAGUGUUGGCUUACUUUUGUAUAGAAAUAAACAAGUGAAUGAGGCUUUGAAGCCAUUGGAAUUAUGUUGCAGAGCAUCAUGGAAAUGUGUCAAACUUCUAUCUGAGAUGUCAAUGCAAAAGUCUGAAGGGUUUGCUGGUGAUCUUUCAGAAGAUGCUAUUCUGGAUUUUGUCACAGAGGCAUGUAACCAAACAGUUUUUCUUUUGGAUGUUCUCCAUAAAUCUGGCAGUCUUAGGGUGAAAAAGAUCAUUGUAAACAGUCUUGAAAAUUGGUCUAUUGCUGAAGAUUUGUUCAGAAGGCUGUCAGGUCCUGUACCUUUGGUGAAACAAUGGGUGAAGAUGCAAUGUGAGAAUAAUAAGAACAUGAUCGUGGAUUAUGAUGCUCCAACCUUGUACUGUAUGCUAUCAUCGUCUAUGAGAGUGUCAAAGAGGACAAUUGGUAAAAUUUUACAGCAGGAGCUUCUUGCUUAUGAAGAAAUGUAUGCUGUGCAUCCUGAAUUUUGUCAAAGAAUGCAAAUGGAAGUCAUAGAUAUCCUUUUGAAAGAUGUAUAUGUCACAGAUAGUCAUUUGCAGAAAUCAAGAGUUUUGAUCAGAAAAGGACGGGCACUGAGGUCCUGUGGUUCUGAAGGUUUGGAGGACUGUAUACAAUGCUUGUCAGAAGCAAUCUCUGUCAUUAAUGAUGAAUCAUGUAGCCAUGGAACUCCUGCCUGCCAUCAUUUAGCCGUGACAUAUUGCCUACGUGCGCUAUGUACCCAGGAAGUGGAACCAAACUCAAAGCAAGUCUUUCAAGAUAUCAAAGCUGCCUUGGAUCUUUGGUUAAGCAUUCCAAUCCCAGAUUAUGGCAUUGCGUACGAUGAGGGUAUCAUGUCGCCUGACAGUGCACUUUUGUUUCUGUAUAAUAUAGUUGACUUGUUAGCAAUGAAGGGUUCUAUGGAAUUUCACAAUGACAUAUAUAAGUUGAUGAUUAGAUUGUUUGAAUGGAAGAAUGUCCAACUGGAGAUGUGCUUAUCCAUUUUGUGGGAGAGUAGAAGGCUUACCCAUGCUCUUUGUGUUUCACCUGUAAAUGAUGCUUUGAUAAUGACCUCACCAGGUUUUUCUGGAGAACAAUUUAGGUCUAUUGAUUCCUGGAUUCAUUGUCUAAAGGGGUCCCCACCUUUAUUAGUUGGGUUCCAACAAAACUUUUCAUAUCUAUUUACAAACUUUCAUUGCGACCCUGACAAUCACAAACCUUACAAGUCUGAUAUCACUGUUGAUGAUGUUAAAGAAGCUGCCUUUAAACUCAUUUCAAGUGUUCCUGCCACAAGCUAUUCUUUUUUCAUUGCUGGACAUCUUUACUAUGAUUUGUGUGAAAGACUUAUUGCAAAUGGGCGUUUGUUUGAGGCACUUUCAUAUGCUAAAGAAGCUCACCGGUUGCGUACUAAACUCUUUAAAGAUAAAUUUAUGUAUACUGUUGAGAAGCAAUCAGAAAACUGCACUGGAGCUGGCAGUGAUAUGCAGAAGCAUACAUAUGGUCUUUCUGAUGUAAGAAUGCAAAAAUCAAUUGCUUGUGAAGUUUGGUCAUUCGAUACCCUUCCACAGGACAUGGAUGCCUGUUAUCUUAGCCCAUGGAAAAUACUUCAGUGUUACCUUGAAAGCACUCUCCAGGUUGGAACUAUCCAUGAAUUAAUUGGAAAUGGAAUUGAGGCUGAAAUUUUUUUACGGUGGGGUAAAGACAUCUCCUGCUCCCAAUGCUUGCCGCUAUUUAUAGUUGCCUUUUCCUCUGUUUUAGGUAAACUGUACUGCAACAAGGGGUCUUGGGAUCUGUCAGAAAAGGAACUUCAAAAUGCCAAACACGUUUUGGUACAUGGCUGUGCAGAUUUUUCUUGUUUAAAGUGUGGAUUGAUGCUUGAAGCCACAAUUGAUCAACAACUUGGUGAUUUAUCCCAUAGUCUCUUUAAUACAACAAGGAGUAUAGAGAGACUAUCUCUUGCUGAAAGGUUGUACAGAUCAGCCCUAGACAGACUAGGUCAUCCUGAAUGGAAAAACUCUGUUAGCUAUUCCAAAGAUGUGGAAGAAAUUGAGGGAGCUUCUGUUUGUUUCCCUACUUGUCAGGUGGGGCCUAAAUUGAAGAUGGAAAGUCAAAAGUGUAGAAAGACUAAAAAGGCAACAAAAUGUUUGCUAAAGGAGCAAUCUUUUGUAACGGAGCACAAUACUAGAUCAACUCGUUCCAGAUAUCAUUCUUUUCAGAAUCAGAAAGUAGACAGUUCUGCUGAGGUACAAGUCGGCCCUUUAAAUCAAUUGAAAGGAAACAAAACAUGCGAUAUAGUUGAUCCUAAUGGUCAGAGGCAGUGUAUCUCUGGAAGAAAGAGUUGCAUGGUUGAUUUGGGGUGUGAAAUCAUUUGCAUUUGCAAUGGAAAGAAGUGUUGGUUUUGCCUUGCGAGGGAAGUUAAGGAAUCUGGAUUGUUGAGCAAUUUCAUAUAUCUGAAAUGGGAGUUUGCUCGUAGGCGGCUAUCAAUAAGGCUACUAUCUGGCAUUGGAAAAUGCCUGGAAAUUCAAGGCAGAUUUCAUGAAGCACAUGAAAUUAUUUCACAAAGCAUCUCUGUCCUAGUCAGCCGAAACCUGUUUGCUCAUGCUCGUGUUCCAUUCACUUUCUUGCUUGAUCUAGUUGGGAAAGAGUUGCCAGGGGAUGUAUUCAGUAUAGAGCGUGCAGCAGUACUUUACGACAUAUCUUGGUGUUCUCUGAAGAGCUACUCCUCAAAGGAUAAUGGGACUAUCUGCUGUGAUCUAUACCAUGUUCAAGUACCAAAAAUAGUGUCUUGGUUGAUGCUAGCAUUUGUACUCUGCCGGCAGGUUCCUGCAGUUCUUCAGAAGGUUUCCAGAUUACUUUCAGCUAUAUUUGUACUUUCUUCUUCUAGCAAGACAUUUUCGUUGUCAAAUUAUAGCAAAGUUAUCUCAGAAAGUCAUUGGGCUUCAUUUUUUCAUCAAGCUUCUCUUGGAAAUAACCUUAACUUUCAGUUCCUCUCAAAUACAACUCUGAAACAUAAAGCUCGAAACUUUGCCGAUGAUCAGGGUUCAUGUGUGACUGCUUCAGCUUGGGAAGGAGCAGAAACAUGCAACUUACCAAGGCUUGCUCCUGAGUCUUUUCAAGAUUUGGAACAGUUUGUGACAGAAUUUUAUUCAGGCCUUCCUUGCACAACAAUCAUUUGCAUAAGUUUAAUCGGAGGACCUUGUGCAAAUUUAUUAAAAGAUCUACUGCAAUAUCCUUCAUGUAUUAGUGCGUGGAUGUUGUUGUCACGCUUGAAGUUUAAGAGUCAGCCUAUUAUGAUGCUUCUACCUGUAAAUAAAGUUUUAGAAGAAACUUCAGAUGAUGAUUGUGCUAUGUCUUGCACUGGAGAGUUUCUUGCGAGCAACAACUUGGAUAAACACUGGCAUUGUCCCUGGGGUUCGACAGUGGUUGAUGAUGUGGCUCCAACAUUUAGAUUUAUAUUGGAGGAGAAUUACUUAUCUUCGUCAAAAUUUCCCCUGGAAGACACAAAAGAGAAUAGAAAUUUAUGGUGGAUGAAGAGAAAAGAGCUUGAUCAUCGACUUGGCAAAUUACUGAGGAAAAUUGAAGGUUCAUGGCUAGGCCCUUGGAGGUGUGUUCUUUUAGGAGAUUGGUUCAACUGCUCACGCCUGGAUUCUAUAAUGAAGAAGCUGGUGCAUGAUUUGAAAUCCAAAUGCAAAAUCAAUACAAAUGAAAGCUUUCUUAAGGUUAUUCUUCAAGGUGCAAGACAUUCUUUCAAUGGAGAAGCUUGUAUUUCACAAUUAACGUCUCUUAAAAAGGGUUGCUUCAUUGUUCAAGCUGGAUAUUCAGAAGAGAAAAGGUGUGAGAAAUUUUCUGAAGUGUCUGAAGGGGCCACGAAACUGUCUGACCUUGCUGUCCAAUUGGUAUAUGAUGCUGUGAAUGAGCUUCAAGAAGAAGAGUCCACAAUUAGAGAACCGGUAAUUUUGGUGCUUGACUAUGAGGUGCAGAUGCUUCCAUGGGAGAACAUUCCGAUACUAAGAAACCAGGAGGUUUAUCGAAUGCCAUCUGUUGGCAGCAUCUGUUUCACACUUGAUAGAAGAUGCCACCAACAGGAGCAUGUUGAGAAGAUCACUACUGCCUUCCCUUUGAUAGAUCCCUUGGAUGCAUUUUAUUUGCUGAAUCCUGGUGGUGAUCUUAGCAGCACACAAGUGGAGUUUGAGAACUGGUUUAUAGAUCAAAAUUUGGAGGGGAAGGCUGGAUCUGCACCCACUUCUGAAGAAUUGUCCUCUGCCUUGAAAAAUCAUGACCUCUUUAUAUAUUUUGGCCAUGGAAGUGGUGCACAGUACAUUUCCCAGCAAGAGAUUCAGAAACUGGAAAAUUGUGCAGCUACUCUUCUAAUGGGAUGCAGUAGCGGUUCAUUAUCAUUAAAUGGGUGUUAUGCCCCCCAAGGUACUGCGCUAUCGUAUCUACUUGCUGGUUCUCCUGCCAUUGUAGCUAAUCUUUGGGAAGUGACAGACAAAGACAUAGAUAGAUUUGGCAAGGCUAUGCUUGAUGCUUGGUUAAAGGAAAGAUCUAGUGUUUCCUUAGGAUGCGAUCAAUGCAAUUUAGUAGCUAGAGAAUUCGAGGCAAUGAACAUAAAGGCUGGUAAAGGUAAGGCAAAGAAAAAGGUUCCAAAAACAAAAUCUGCCGGAACAUUUGAUGGCGGUGUUGCAUUAAAUUCUUGCGACCAUAGACCAAAGAUUGGAGCAUUCAUGGGUCAGGCUCGUGAAGCUUGCACCCUCCCUUUCCUCAUUGGAGCAUCACCAGUAUGUUACGGAAUCCCCACGAGUAUAGGGAUAAAGAAAAGAUAUAUAGCAGAGUGAGAAACUGGCUGGGGCUUUGAUACGAAAUUCAAAUACCAAGUAUCGACUCCUUGCUUGAUUUUCAACUUGUGAUAAUAGAGUUCAAUCGAAGUAAAAUGCUUGUCCCCAGCCAAGAUUUUAGGACACAUAAUUUAUGGAGUCCUUGAAAUGUUUCCCCCAUUUUUUUAUCCCUCUUUGGUAAAUGUAAAUCUGCCUGAGUUAUUGGAUCAAUUCCUGAUCCAUGAGCAAGGCAAUGCCUUUGGAUAGUGUAGAUAGAUUAAGGGAAAUUGCUCGGUUUUUUGGUAUUUCUAUCCGACUUUCAUGAUCAUGCCUAUGUGGUUGGUUGACCAGUCUAGCUGCCUUCCAGCUAUCGUGUCA